UUUCGUUUAUUUUGUCAUAAUUACACCGUUUGUGACGUCAUGACGUUGGCAACAAAGCGCAGUUGAUUUUCUUCUGUAUACGAAGGAAGUUAAGAAUCAUGUCGAAGAAGAGAAAUGUUUAAUAUUUUAAACAAGGGCGUUGCCGUGGAGAUAAACCUGGAUGUGUUCAACACUAUUCCAGAGCACAUUUAUGAUGAAAUGAACACAUGUCCUCAGUGUUUCGAUAUUACAGAUAUCAAUGACAGUGCCCGACUUGUGACAGACUUGCCACACAACCAGACACCAAAUAAGCCACAAAUCAGUCCAACUUCCGGUACACAUCCGGUAAGCAGUUGCUAUUCCGGAAACUUUCGCACAAGUAAAUCACAUAACCCGUCCCUGUCAAAUGCGAUUUCAACUGAGACAUACCCAAGUUUACAUGCUUAUGGCAUCCAUAGUACAAGUUCGUUGACAAAGACUUCCUCCAUUGAAACGCCACUCGGAGUAGUUCGGCUUAAUUCGUCGCCAAGUUUUGAGCCGGUGCGCAUGCACAGUGGAACUUCUUCUGAGAGCUUCCGGCGAGAUAUUAGUCUCUACAAAUUGAACGCCAUGCCGGCCUUGGAAGAGGAUGAUCACAUUUCAAGUAGUGGCGCAGAUGAAAUAUGUGGGCGAUCAAAAACAAACGACAAGUCUAAAAUAAAGAACAGCCGACGGAAACGAUUUAAUCAGGAAUUGGUUGAAACUGCGGACGAAGAAAGACACGAGACGGAGGAAAAUCCCGACGAGGAAGCAACGAAAAGGAAAGGAAAGUUUCGGGGUUUAUCAAAAUGCUUUAAGGGACUAUUCCCUUGCACACGUGCGAACAAAAACGAACUAGACCCCGAUUGCUUGCUAGAUGUUAUGUCAGAUCCCCAAGAAAAAUAUUAAAAGAUAAAUCUCUU